CAGGCGCCUAUUAUUGCAUAGGGCACCUUGUUUGACGUGUUGGCUUGGCAUAUAUCUGCUCAAAUUGGCACACUAUGAUGGCUGGCUAAUUAAGACGCAAUAUCCAUCCGAUUAUAAGGUUAUCUACUGGUGCCAGCAGUGUGUUUUGAAACCAUCGUCAGCCAGGUACAGCGCCUCCAGCGGCGUCUUUUAGGGGAGUCCCCGGCCCCCACGGACCGCUGUGAGGCGCCUCAAAUGCGCUGUAGCCCAGUGCUGCGUCCCCGCUGUUUUGGAAGCGCGACAGAAGCAACCGAAGGCGCCACGGUCCAACAAGCCGGCCCCACCGCAACGUUACAGCGCCACUCCCCAGCUUCUUCACUCACGCUCUCUUUUUUCCUUCUCUUUGCUCAAGGCUGCUGGCUGUGUGGACCAUGCGUCCAGCACCCGAGAUAACCAGCAUCCAUCAUCCCUGGAGAAUAAUACAAUUACGCUGAUGGAAGGGUAAAUCAUAGUUGCGCAAUGUUCCGCCGCGGUGAUAGCGAGCCAGCGCAUCCGCAGCUUGAUGCUCGCCCGCCACGGCGAUGUUCUGCAACCAUCGGCCUGCAUCGCGGCUAACUUUAGAUGGUGAAAGGCACCCGCUGCGGCCACAGCUUUGGGUGAAUACGUGGUACCAUUGCCGGGCACAGUCCUGUGCACAACAGCGCAGCGUUCAUGCCAAAUCAGGCUUCAUUGGAACAUGUCAUCUGUUUCCACCAACGAGCCUUCAGUGACCUCUUUCCCAGGCGACAAUCCCCCGCCCGACGCGGCAGGGCCAGCGCCUUGCCGACGAAUUCAUGCCACCAAAGCCGGACUCAAACGCCAUUUCCGUCCCAUACUCGCAGAGUCAGGCUCUCUUUGUAUGGGCCUGGCGCUCGCGUGCAGGGCCCCCAGCCGCGGUGUGGGUGUGCUAAGAAUACCACUGCUACCAUCCACCCAUCAGCGCCGAAAUGCUACCCCCCCACGCCUAGAGCACCACACGAGACACACUGAGCAGAAAAAAAAAAUCUACGGGUCCAUCUAGGUGGUAGGGGAUCCGCUCCCAUCUCGUUGUGACGUUGGAGCCUCCUGCAGCGCCAUAGUGCGGGCAGGGUAUGGGGGAGCAGCAGCACGCAACUCUCCUUGGCCCCCCCGAAACAAAGUCUCUAUUUUCACUUUCUUUUAACCCGCCUCCUUGGUUACGUCCCCCAUCCUUGGCCACCAGAUCCAGCCGUUCCUCACUUGCUGCUGUUGCUACAUGCGCGCUUGCGUGCCGCUAUACGAACCCUACUUCACCCCCUCCACAGCAACCAAACGUCGCCCUCGUCUGCACCCUCAUCUGCACCCUCGUCUGGCUCCUAGCUCCCUUCACCUACCGUAACCGCCCUGCCUGCUUCAUAUUUCACCGAGACGGCAUCGUCACAAGCUUCUCGGUCUGGUUCCAUCCUAUACAUACGCGCUAGUAACGCAGAUUCGUCUUGGUUGGUCGCAACUCUGGAUCGGUAAACGGCCCGGCUUACUUUCUCUGCAAGUGUGUUGCGACAACGACAGCGCAUUAGUCCCUGCAUAGGCGCUACUACUUUGGACGUUACCACAUGCUUCGGCCCGUCUAACUUGAUUCAAACAUUUCUUCCGUUGGCUCAGAUCCAGCCAACAGCCUCCACAUCUCUGAUCACAUCUUUAUAACUCCCGGGCCACCCCCGUUGCACCCCGUCUUCCGUUACGUGCCAUGCAGCCGCUCGUUUCUGCCAUGUCUACCUUUCGGAAAGCAUUCGUCAACGCCAUAGUCAAGAGCCUCCUUCGGGGCAAGUCGCUGAUACAGGCUAUUCUUGCGUACUGGGUAUCUCCCCUGAUGCCCAACGCUACUGUCAAUGGUGAAAUCGUUGGUCAGAAGCGCAAGAGCCUACAGGACUUCUUGAAGGAUGCUGAAGCUGCUUUGCUCGGUCCCAUUAGCGGCGAGGGCCUCGUCCAGCUCUCUGCAAACCUCAGAACACAAUUUAUUGAGGGCUUGAGAACCAACAAGCAGUGCAUGCUGCCGUCUUACAGCCACCAGCUCCCAUUGGGCGAGGAGGCCGGUCAGUUUGUCGCUCUCGACGUCGGCGGUUCAACUUUGCGAGUCGCCUUGGUGGAAUUGCGAGGCCGUGACGUGGAAGAGUCCAAGCAGACUGAGAUUCUCAGCAUGCGUAACUUCCGCAUUGGCAAAGACAUCAAGGACCUCGAGGGCAUGGAGUUUUUCUACUGGAUGGCAACCAAGAUUGGUGAGACCCUUGCUGCUGGCCUAAAGCAGCCAACGUCGGACAAGGUUAUCCCUGCUGCGCUCGCAUGGAGCUUUCCUAUUGAGCAAACCUCACUUGGCAGUGGCACAUUGCAAGCCAUGGGCAAGGGAUUUUUGGCUGAUUCUGGCCUUGUUGGCAAGGAUCUCGCCGAUAUUGUCAACAGCGCCUGCGCCGCCAAGGGCAUCAACGUGCAGCUGCAAGCCAUCUUAAACGAUUCUAGCGCUUGUCUUUUGUCGCGUGCCUACUCACACCCUUCCACUCGCUUCGGUCUAAUCCUUGGCACAGGCGUCAACAUUGCCGCCUACCUUCCGGUUGACACUAUGGGCUUGGACAAGUUUGGUAUCCGUCCUGAGGGAUGGUUUGAUGAAGCCAAGCACGUCAUUGUCAACACAGAGCUGGGUAUGUUUGGAACCGGCAUCCUCCCUGUCACUCGAUGGGAUGCUCAGCUUCUUGAGCAACACCCCCGACCUGAUUUCCAGCCGCUUGAGCACAUGGUCAGCGGCAUGUACCUUGGCGAAAUCGUCCGCCUUGUCAUGAUCGAGGCUAUUGAGACUUGUGGCCUCCUGGGCGGUAUUCUCCCCGCUUCUUUGGAAACCAACUACACUCUUGGUACAGACACCAUCUCAAUGAUCGAAGCUGAUACUUCCUCCGACCUUGCUGAAGCCAUUCAACUUUUUGCUGAACGCCACCCAUCUCCUCACACUCCUACCUCUGCCGAUCUCCAGGCCAUCAAGUCCAUCUCCUCGUUUGUCUCCGUCCGAUCCAGUGCUCUAGUCGCUUCUUGCGUCUACACACUCUGGAGUGUCCGCUUAGAGGCUGAGGCCGAGUUCCUCGCCACUCUCGAUAGCACCUCAGAGCUGCGCAAGGCUGUUGAAGCCGAUAUUGAACUUGAGAAGACAACUGUGGCCUUCAACGGUAGCGUCAUCGAAAACUAUCCUGGAUACCUCGAUGGCUGCCAACGCUACAUUAAGGAAUUGCUUCAGGGCAACGAAUCUACCAAGGCGAGAAGCAUCGAGCUGGUGCCUGCAAAGGAGAGUUCGCUGACUGGAGCCGCUGUUGCUCUUGCCUGCAUUGGCAACCAAUAAUUGCUAAGCCCUGGAAACAUUUCUACGGCUAGAAAAGAUUUCUUUUAGAGCACUGGCGUUGCCUGUUAUUGUAUAAUUUGUUUAUAUGGGAUCAUCAAACACAUGUCCAUUCUGAGGGCAUUUGUCGGGCGCAGGUUUGCAUUAGUCUGUGGAUUCAACGGCGCAUAAUCGGAAGCAUUAAAUAAUAGAAUUAUUUUACAAAAGAUU